AUGCUCCGGCUGCUGAGCGCCCUCCUGCUGGUGGCCCUUGCCUCGGGCUCUGCCCUGCCUUUCUACAACCCCUCCAGCCGCGUGGUCAACGGCGAGGAAGCAGAAGCCCACAGCUGGCCCCCGCAGGCCCUGUUGGAGUACGAGGUGAGUGGGGGCUGGUCCUUCACCUGCGGUGGGAGCCUCAUCGACCCUGACUGGGUUCUCACUGCCGGCCACUGCAUCUCGAGCUCCCGGAAAUACAGGGUGGUGCUGGGCGAGCACGACCGGACAGUGACGGAGGGACCCGAGCAGGUCAUCAGUGUCGCUGCUACCUACGUGCACCCACAAUGGAACUCCAGCUGUCUCAGCUGCGGCAAUGACAUCGCCCUCCUCAAGCUGUCGCAGAGUGCUGAGGUGACACCCGAAGUCCAGCCCGCCUGUCUCCCUCCCCGCGACUACAUCCUGCCCCAUGACACAGAAUGCUACGUCACCGGCUGGGGUCGUCUCAUCACCGGUGGGCAAACGGCCAACAAGCUCCAGCAGGCACUGCUGCCCGUGGUGGACUACGCACACUGCUCCCAGAAGGACUGGUGGGGCUCCUCCGUGAAGGAGACCAUGGUGUGCGCCGGCGGCGGGGACAGCUCUGCCUGCAACGGUGACUCUGGGGGACCCCUCGUCUGCCGCAUAGGAAAAGGAAUUUGGAAAGUCUAUGGCGUGGUCAGCUUUGGUUCUUCCCGUGGAUGCAACACCCUCCAGAAGCCCACAGUGUUCACCCGAGUGUCGGCCUUCAUUCCCUGGAUUUUUGAGGUUCCCCCACCCUCAGAGAUCGCCCAGCUCUGGACCUUGUGA